AUGCAAGGAAGCUCCAGCCAGGGUCCUGGCGCCGAGCAUGAAGACUUCCUCCAUUACAGGCAAAGCAAGGAUAUUGCCGAUUCGGCCUUUGGUCCUCUCCAACAUUCAAGCAUUCGUUCUCUACAGCGCAUUCUCGCCUUCACUUACUUGCCUUUAACUUGCGCUCCCGGGUUAUUGAGAAGGCAGGACCAUUGCGAAAAUAUCACGACUCCUCGAAAGCGAGUCAUCUCAUCCGCAGCCUCGCUUCACACAAUGAAUACUUUCUUUCCUCGAGUCCUCUCCCGAGGGCGCGCAAGCCUACCGCACGCGACGACUCGUCAACAGCUCAGCCAUUCUCUCCUACCUACCAUCCAUGCCGCCUUCCUCUCGCAGGCCGCCAUCACGCCCGCGCCCAAGUCAUCCCGAACCCACAGUCAACCGCCCCUUCCCCCUCCAUGUAAAUCUCCCGAGGAGCUCGCCAGGCUCUCGUACAUGGUCCGCCGUACGCCCUCGACCCAGCUGCCAAUCUACCGCCGAACCCUGUCUGGUGGCACUCGACAAGUUGUUGUGAUAAAGAAGAUUGACGGAGACAAGAGGAGAAUGCUGGAGGACAUUGUCGAGGCUCUGAACGUGUCCAAGGAGGAUGUCCGAAUCAAUCCUACAACCCAACACAUAGAGUUGAAGGUAAAGUCCCCCCCCGACCUCGACUCGAAUCUCGAUGUACUUACGCCUCCGCCAGGGGAAACAUUUCGACAAGGCCAGGGAGUGGUUGAUUGA